GGGUUUCAGUUGCAAGCAGCGCAGCGCGCCGGGCUCGGGGAUGCCCCGCCGCAUCCUACCCCGCGCCUCCCGGCUCCCGCACGCAGACCAUGCUCUCUCCGUGACGGAUGAGCAGCUCCUAAGCUAAACGCUACAUGUCAGACGACUCUCCUUGGUAGAUCCAAGGAUCCCUGGGGACUCCAAAAUCUCCCCACUUUUUCUGUGUGCGUGUGUCCCUCUCGAACUUUCAAAACUGUUUCUCCAAAGGUUUUUGCAGAAACUCGGACUGUUUUCUAAAGCAGAAGCACCUCAGUCCACAGCAGUAGUGAUGGGCAGCGUGCGAACCAACCGCUACAGCAUCGUGUCUUCGGAAGAGGACGGCAUGAAGCUGGCAACCAUGGCGGUUGCCAAUGGCUUCGGGAAUGGGAAGAGCAAGGUACAUACCAGGCAACAGUGCAGGAGCCGCUUUGUCAAAAAAGACGGGCACUGCAACGUCCAGUUCAUUAACGUGGGAGAGAAAGGACAACGUUACCUGGCAGACAUCUUUACCACCUGCGUAGACAUCCGCUGGAGGUGGAUGCUGGUGAUCUUCUGCCUGACUUUCAUCCUAUCGUGGCUUUUUUUUGGUUGUGUAUUUUGGCUGAUCGCUCUGCUGCAUGGGGAUCUGGAGAGAACAGAAAUGCCUUGCGUCAGUCAAGUGCGCAGCUUCACUGCAGCCUUCCUCUUCUCCAUCGAGACCCAGACAACCAUCGGCUAUGGCUUUCGGUAUGUCACAGAUGAGUGCCCCGUUGCAGUCUUCAUGGUGGUUUUCCAGUCUAUAGUAGGCUGCAUCAUUGAUGCCUUCAUCAUUGGUGCUGUCAUGGCAAAGAUGGCUAAGCCCAAAAAGAGAAACGAAACUCUGGUCUUCAGCCACAAUGCUGUGGUGGCCAUGAGGGAUGGGAAGCUAUGCCUCAUGUGGCGUGUUGGGAAUCUGAGGAAAAGCCACUUGGUGGAGGCGCAUGUCAGGGCCCAGCUACUCAAAUCCAGAAUCACUUCUGAAGGAGAGUACAUCCCUUUAGAUCAAAUAGAUAUCAAUGUGGGGUUUGACAGUGGGAUAGACCGCAUUUUCCUGGUCUCCCCAAUUACAAUAGUCCAUGAAAUAGAUGAAGACAGUCCCUUGUAUGACCUGAGUAAGCAGGACAUGGACAAUGCAGACUUUGAAAUCGUAGUCAUUUUAGAGGGCAUGGUGGAAGCUACAGCCAUGACAACUCAGUGCCGGAGCUCCUACCUGGCGAAUGAAAUCCUUUGGGGACACCGUUAUGAGCCUGUACUCUUUGAAGAGAAAAACUACUAUAAAGUGGACUAUUCUAGGUUCCACAAAACGUAUGAAGUGCCCAACACGCCCCUUUGUAGUGCCAGAGACUUAGCGGAAAAGAAAUACAUCCUCUCCAACGCAAACUCCUUUUGCUAUGAGAACGAAGUAGCCCUCACCAGCAAAGAGGAGGAGGAGAGUGACAAUGGGGUGCCCGAGAGCAUGAGCACGGACACGCAUCCUGACUUGGACCAUCACAACCCGGUUGGGGUGCCGCUAGAACCUAGGCCGUUAAGGCGAGAAUCUGAAAUAUGACUGAUUGACUUUUCCUCUGUUAUCUUUUGGUUUAAAAGAAAAAUCUAUCGGUCAAAGAUAAGUUGACCCGAGAAGUCGGCCCGGAACAGUUUUCAGAUGACGGUACUGUUGAAGAGUGGCAUGAAAGCAAGCAGCCCCGAGAAACCGAGGCUGGUUUUAAGGCUGCCUUCAGAGAAGGGACAACAGAAAGUGAACUCUAAACACAAAGCACUAAACAUGUCUAAGCAUGACCAGAAGGCACAUAUGUUGUAGAAUAAAUUAUGUAUAUAUUUUUUUACAAAACUUGAACUUGCAGGCAAGCUUUGGUUGGGUUAUAUAUAUAUUUUUUUUCAACUUUUUCCAGAAUGCUUCUCUCUAGGGAACAAGAAUGUUUUUAAUGGCAUAACAAAGGCAAGAAUCUGCCUUAUUAUUAUUAUUAAUAUUAUUAUUGUUGUUGUUGUUUUUUUUUUUUUAAAAGCUGCUGCUAACUACAUGAACACAAAUUGUUAUUUUGUUGCAGUGUAGUUUUGUUUUGUUUUUUUUUUUUCUCUUGUGUAAUUUAAAAAACAGUCAGUGUUCAACUUUGUGGGUUGAAAAAAAGCUCGUGAUCACACUUCAGUAAGGCCAACGCUGCCAGAUAGUCUGAAUUUCUUUUGAGGCCAGUAGUUUGAUAGCUAGAAUCAAUUUCUCUUUCUUUUUUUUUUUCCAGUUACAUAAGGGGCAUUAUGUAACAUAAGGCCAAUUGAUAGCCUCCAGCAACAGUUUUUAUUUUUAUUUUGGGGGGGUGGGAGAGGGAGGGGGAGAAUUUCAUUCUCCAUCUCAAAUUUUAAGUUAAAACUACCUAAGUGGAUACCAAAGAAAAUGCACAUUUUUGCACAGUGGAGCUUAUGGAAAUGCAACGGGCUGCUUUAAACAAAACCACAAAUUCUGAACCUCUGACAUUUGUAAAGGCCCUUAUUUUGCACCUUAUUCAGAAAGCAAAGCUCAAAACUUGGAUCUAGGUAAAGCAAGACCAUAUUUUUUCCCCCCCUCUUCCCGCCCCGUGCAGAACAUCGGCCCCUCUGCUUUUCUUCUAUAAGAAGAAACGAGGGGCUGUGCAGGGGGGCCGGGGAAGCAAACAUCUGCUCUUUCCUGUUAGUGAAACACUAGCAGGACUCUAGCAGAAGGUCAAGUGUUACUCUGCACACAUUCCAGACCUGCUCCUCGAACUUCGAGCCCUCUUAAAGCUGACCCAGCAAUCUGAAAACUGAGCCAUCAGACGUGCUGGAGGCCGCGACCGAAUAAAAAUCGACUGUCAUUACGUUGACUAGUUAAACUCCACCAGAGACGUGCAAGGCACCGGUCUGUGUUGGAGGGUAACUGGGUUGGAAUAGACACUUAGGCGCAGGUGAAUCGAGUGACAUGCGGGGAAGGAGGGGGGAAAAAA